AAAGAAAAACAACGAAUGGCUCUCUCUUAUAGAAUAUUCGAACAACGCACAAUUCCUGAGCACAUUUUGCAGAGCUCAUUUGACCAUUUAAUAUCUUCUAACUGGUCUGGAUUACAGACAGAAUCGAUACCAGACGAAAUGAAACAGAUUGUUGAGGAACAGGGAAAUAAGCUGCGCUGGGCAGCUCUUCUGAUACUCAUGGUGAUAAUACCCACAAUUGGUGGAAACAUCCUCGUUAUUCUGGCUGUUGCACUGGAGAAAAAGUUACAGUAUGCUACCAAUUAUUUCCUAAUGUCCCUGGCAGUGGCUGAUUUGCUGGUUGGAUUGUUUGUGAUGCCGAUUGCCCUCUUGACAAUAAUGUUUGAGGCUAUGUGGCCCCUCCCACUCGUCCUAUGCCCUGCCUGGUUAUUUCUUGACGUUCUUUUUUCUACUGCAUCCAUCAUGCAUCUCUGCGCCAUUUCAGUGGAUCGUUACAUAGCCAUCAAAAAGCCAAUCCAGGCCAAUCAAUAUAACUCACGAGCUACAGCAUUCAUCAAGAUUACAGUGGUGUGGUUAAUUUCAAUAGGCAUUGCCAUUCCAGUCCCUAUUAAAGGUAUAGACACUGAUGUGGGUAACUCAAACAACAUCACUUGUGGGCUGACAAAGGAUCGUUUUGGCAAUUUCAUGCUCUUUGGCUCAUUGGCUUCCUUCUUUACACCUCUGGCAAUCAUGAUUGUCACCUACUUUCUCACUAUCCAUGCUUUACAGAAGAAAGUUUACUUGGUCAAAAACAAGCCACCUCAACGCCUAAUGUGGUUGACUGUGUCCACAGUUUUCCAAAGGGAUGAAACACCUUGCUCAUCACCAGAAAAAGUGGCAAUGCUGGAUGGUUCUCACAAGGACAAAACCCUGCCCAAUGCAAGUGAUGACAUACUUAUGCGAAGAACGUCCACAGUAGGAAAAAAGUCAGUACAGACCAUUUCCAAUGAACAGAGAGCCUCAAAGGUUCUAGGGAUUGUGUUUUUCCUCUUUUUGCUUAUGUGGUGCCCCUUUUUUAUUACAAAUGUAACUUUAGCUUUAUGUGAUUCCUGCAACCAGACUACUCUCAAAAUGCUCCUGGAGAUAUUUGUGUGGAUAGGCUAUGUUUCCUCAGGGGUGAAUCCUCUGGUCUACACCCUCUUCAACAAGACAUUUCGGGAUGCAUUUGGCCGGUACAUCACCUGCAAUUACCGGGCCACAAAAUCGGUAAAAACUCUCAGAAAAUGCUCCAGUAAUGUGUACUUCCAGAAUCCAAUGGCAGAGAACUCUAAAUUUUUUAUGAAACAUAGCAUGCAAAAUGGCAUUAAUCCUGCCAUGUACCAGAGCCCAAUGAGUCUCCGAAGUUCAACCAUUCAGUCUUCAUCAAUCAUUUCACUAGAUACACUUCUCACCGAAAAUGAAGGUGACAAAACUGAAGAGCAAAUCAGUUAUGUAUAG